CGACAAAAGAGUAUACAGUCCAUCACAAACAAGCCCUCCUCUCUCCUCAAUCCGUCUUCUCCAGAUCGCCGUUUUCAGUCGCCGGCGUCGCUAUCUCUUUUACUUGCCGUCUCAGAUUUCAGUCUUUUUUAUUGGUCAUGGGCUAUCAUUCUGAAAACCAUAGAACUGGUUGCGCAGAUUGAACUAUACCCGAUUUCUCUUGCUUUUGGCUGGUUCUAGGGUUCUCGGUUCUUUUUUUUCAAUCGAAAUCGUGAGUGUGGUUUUGAGUUCUUUUUAAGCAUGGAUUACGAUUACUCGCAACAUGAAAGGGAUUUCGAUCAAGGAAAUGUUCUGGCUUUCAAUGUCGAUGAAGAAGAACAUGAUUACUAUGAAGAUUAUGAAGAGAUACCUCAGCAGCAGCAGCAGCAACAAGAGCAACAGCCGCAGCAGCAGGGAAGGCGGGAUAAAAGGCAAGAGGAAGAAGCUGGAGCUGGAAACGGUGGGAGGACGAUUAAUCACAGUCAUCAGUCCUCUUCUUCUUCAGCUCCUGGAAAACUCUUUGUUGGAGGACUCUCUUGGGAUACCACUGAAGAGACCUUCACUAAUUACUUCUCCAAGUUUGGAGAAAUCACAGAUGCUGUGAUAAUGUUGGAUAGACUGUCAGGAAGGCCACGUGGGUUCGGGUUUGUAACAUUUUCUGACCCAGUGGUUGCCGAUAGAGUCUUGGAGCGAGAUCAUACUGUAGAUGGCAGAUCUGUUGAGGUGAAGAAGACAGUUCCAAGGGAGGAUAUGGACUUCAAAGGAAUGAGAGUUAAGAAAAUUUUUGUAGGUGGAUUACCCCCUUCUUUAACCGAAGAUGAGUUAAAGGAGUACUUCUCAUUCUACGGAGGCAUCACGGAGUAUCAGAUCAUGUUGGAUCAUAAAACUGGACGCUCAAGGGGAUUUGGGUUUGUCACCUUCGACAGUGAAGAUUCUGUCGAACGGAUCUUUUCAGAGGGUAGGAACCACGAGCUUGGAGGGAAAGAGGUGGAGAUAAAGAAGGCCGAACCUAGAAGAUUCGGCGGUGGUGAUUAUGGUAGCGCCCCGAAGUCUUACGGUGGAGGAUUCAACAGUGAGGCAAUUGGAUAUGGCCCUGUUCAUGGUUCUGGAGGUCGGUACAGUGGGAAAAUGGGCAGAGGAGCAUACGCUGGUGGUGGUGCUGCUGCUGGUGGCUAUGGCGGCUAUUCCGAUUUCAAUGGUUAUGGAGCCGGUUAUGGAGCAGGCUAUGCGGGGGGAGCCGCUGGGUUCUAUGGUGCAUAUGGUGGAUACGGCUAUGGAUUUGGUUUGAACAACUUUAUGAUGUAUGGCAAUGGCAUGUAUGGAGGUGGUGGUUCAGCCUUCCCAUAUGGGGCGGCAGCUGGCUAUGGCGUGGGGAAAGGGUUCGAACGAAGCGGUGAUGGAGGAAGAGGAUAUAGUAGCAGUGGUGGUAGCAGUGGGAAGGCAUAUGGAGGCAGCGGUGGAGGUUCUACGGCGGCGGGUCGACACCAUCCUUAUAGGAAGUGAAAAAAGAGAGUGAUUGCUUUUCUCUGUGUUUGGUGUUGUUGCAGGCAAACAUUUGUGGGAAACUUCUAUGGGAUUGUAAAGAGGAAUGUUGAGGAUGCAGUCCUCCUUUCUCCCUAGGGUAGUUGGUUGAUAGGGUGGGAAAAAUCGGGUCUUCUAUGUCAAGGAAAAGAAAAAGGCAUUAUCUGUCUGUCUGUUUUUUUUUUUUUUUGUACUUGGAACAUUUGACAGGCAUACCAUUGUGUUCCUCCAUGGAGAAAUUGGGUUAUAAUCCUCGAAGUUCUUUAACCAUAG